GGCGGUCGAUCCUUAGUAAAAUGCUACGGUGCCUUUACAACAGUGUAGUGGUCUUUGUGUUUUUCUCACUGAUUGCAAGAUCUUCAGGAACUGAAAUAAAAUGUGAUACGAAGACAGGAAGGAACUUUUGUCUGCGAUAUUUCUCAUACUCAGCGACUUUUAAAGAUGCUCAGAUUGAAUGCAAACAACAUAACCUCUCUCUAGUUACUUUGUCUACAAAAUCGCAGCAAGAAUUUCUAAGGGAGUUUCAGACAAAUUUUGAGCCUCCAAUCAUCGCAUUAUGGAUUGGCUUAUUCGCUGAAAACGGUCAUUUGCACUGGUCAUCUGGAUAUUCUGCAGUGCCACAAAUUUUUAUUUCUGGAAAGCCGGGAAGUGUCGAAGGAUGUGCUAUGUCUAAUAUAUCCUCAGGAGGUCUUUUUACAUGGGAGUUUAUCCCAUGUGAUACAAAACUAAGUUUUGUGUGUGGCGACAUUCCUCAAAUAUCCUAUCGACAUCCAUUUUCUAAUCAGAGCACUCUUAUCUGCCCUCAUGGUUACAAACUGUUCGAUAAAAACUGCUACUUGCUAAGUGAAGAUCCGUCCAGCAGAUUAACGUGGGACAAAGCGGAAGAACAGUGUAAAGCCUCAAAUACUUUAGCAUCUCUCGCUACUGUUGCAUCACCUAUGGAACAAGAUGCUCUCUCUGUAUUAAUUGCCCGUUCUUCCUAUCCGGUAUGGAUCGGUAUGUAUCUUGAUCAAAGUGAACGUAAAUGGAUUCGUGGUGAUGUUAUCAACUAUACAAAUUGGUAUCCGAAACAGAUACUCAACACUGAAAAGCGAUUAUGUACAAUGAUGCAUCAGCGUCCAUUGCAUCUUGGACAAUGGGAAGAAGUUGAUUGCUCUUCCUCUUUACCUUAUAUCUGUCAAGUCGCAGCUAAACCUAAAAUUUCAUCUGUUAGCAGCACUAGUGUGUCGAUUUCAUCGCUUAUCCUUACUCAAGGUGCAUGCAAAGCUAAUUUUUAUGAAUACAAUAAACGUUGUUAUCGUCUUUAUACUGGUAAUGAGACUGAAAUUUCUUCACUAUGCGGUAUCAAAAUGUCACCUUAUUCUAAUGACGAAACUGCUUUCAUGCGUUUAUUACUACAGACUACGUCUAAUUUAACUGUUGAUCGAGCUUGGACAGGUGUUUCACUUAUGUAUGACUUAAAAUCGAAGUUGGUUUACAAAACAGAGAAUAACGAUUCGUAUUACGCUUCAAUGAUACAUGAUUUCUAUAUUUUCUCGUAUAAAAAUGUCAAUCUAUCUAUAAGUUCGAAUAGUCGUUUUUGUGUAUCAAUUAAUCGUGACAAUACCAUAAUGGAUGUUUUGCCUUGUUCGUUGAAACUACCAUCAGUUUGUGGAUAUCAUUUGCCAAAUUAUAAACACCCAUUACCUCAAGACAGUAAUAAUUCCAUAUCAUCUUGUCCUCCACAUUGGAUGCAGUAUGGACAUAAAUGUUUCUCGCCAAUACAUGAUACACCUCUUCCAUGGUCUGCAGCGGAAAAGAAUUGUUCUAAUUUCGUUGACGGAAAAGCUCAUUUGCCAUCUGUUCACAGUCCAAGUGAAUUAACAUUUAUUAGUAAUCUAUACACCGGAGUGAAUGUUUGGCUAGGUUUACACAUUCACCAUGAAUCCACUGAAGACAGAUCAUUGGCUUUGAACAAAUCAAGUUUGUAUUGGUCUGACGAAAGUCCUGUGGACUACUUAUUAUUUGCUCUUGGUGAACCUAGUAGACAUUUUUCGAAUGGUGAUAUUGAAGGUUGUUUUAUAUCACAUAGCCGUACACAUGAUUGGAACGAUGUUAACUGUAACAGUCGUCAUAUAUACUUUUGUCAGUUAUUAUUGUCGAAUGUGUCGGCACCGUCACAUGAUCAGCUUCCAGAAGUCGUUAAUAACGAAAUAUGCACAAACAUAUCAAGUAAACCCUAUUGUAUACGUUAUAUUUCACAAAUGGCUACUUUUUACGAAGCUGAUUAUGUAUGUCGUAAUUAUAACAUGACACUAGCUACUGUACCUAGUGAAGAGCAUCAAAUGUUUAUUAUGAAUACUCUGAAACAUGAAACCAGUCAUAGUAAUUUGUCUCAGGCUUACAUUGGACUUUUCAAUUCACAUGAUAAUCUAUUGUGGACAUCUUCUUAUGGUGCAGUACCAUUGACGUUUUGGCAAUUGAAAUUUCAGAAUACUAAAAAAGAAUGUGUUUAUAUCGAUACUAAAAUUGAUGGUUUACAUACAUGGGGGACUAUUUCAUGCUUUGAACCAUUACCGUUUAUAUGUUCAACAGACAUAUCAUCCAGAGUUAACUUAUCGUCUAUCCAAAAAGCCUAUGACAAUAUGCUGUUUUUUAAAUGUCCUAAAGGUUUUAUGUUGGUAUCUGGAAGCUGUUUCAUGGUAAAAGCGAAUAAAAAUGAUGCAGUGGACUGGUUAACUGCUUCUAACUUAUGUCGAAUUUUGGAUGCUGACGCUCACUUGGCCACUAUAUCAUCGAAUGAACAGCAAGAUGGUUUAACUGUUCUUAUGGAUAAUCAAAAAUUGUCUGCAUGGAUCGGUUUACGUUCUGAACGAAAUAUUCAUACAUGGAUUAAUGAAAAUGAUGUUGUCUAUACAAACUGGCGCCCCACAGAUCCAAAUGCUAAUGGAUCUAGUUGUGCUGUAAUGCAUCACGAACUAGAUUUCAUUGGUACAUGGAGUAAUGAAUUGUGCAACAAGAAAUUCGGUUAUAUUUGUGAGGUUAGACCAACUAGAACAUCGGAUAAAUCCAACAUGACACAACUUUUGGGAAUGUUGAAACAUGGGGAUUGUUCAUCUGAUUUCUAUGUGUUUAAUAAUACUUGUUAUUCUGUGAUGCCACCACGAGAUUCACAACGUAGUAUUCUUAACUUCCGUGAUGAAAUAAGCGGUCAUUGUUCUUUGUUGACACGCGCUACUAAUAUGAAUUGUUUCACAAGUCCUCAAUUAUUGGGUACCAUCUUUUGUCCAGUUAUAGCAACUCCACAGAGUCCGGUUGAAGCGGCGUUUAUGCGUCUUCUAUCUAGAACUAUUAGUCCUACUAGUAGAAGUAUUUGGGUUGGUUUGAAAAUCAACCAUACCUGGGGUUCGAGUCAUCUACUCUCCGAAGAUAAUUCUUUACAAACAACUGAAACUAAUUUAAUAGAUUUUUCUGGGCUUUUUCAACAUAAGGAUAGCAAAGCAAUUUCACUAAAUAAGGACAGUAAUCAAUCAUAUUUUGAUUGUUUCACCAUGCCAAUUCAUGAUGGUAAUUUAAUACAAAUGUCUAAUUGUUCAAUGCAUUUAGAAAGUAUUUGUUCAUACAAACUUGGGAGAAAUCAAUCGCCGACAAAUAUUAAACAGCAACCAGUCGACUUAACAUUAUGUCCAAAAGGUUGGAUAUCAUUCAGAGAAAAUUGUUACUGGUUACCAUUGAUACGCGAAAGAAUGAGUUGGCCAGACGCAGAACGUGUCUGUCAAGAAAGAGCCAGUUACUUUGUAAACCACCGAUCAUUAAACAAUGGUCAUUUGGCUUCUGUCCAUUCUUCAGAAGAAUUACAAUUUCUAAUUAACCAAUCAUUAUCAUCAUCGAUCUGGAUUGGUUUGAAAGCCUUUUAUUCCGGUAUUAGACCUACGUCAUCGAUUAAUUUAGUAUGGAGUGAUGGUUCAGUUAUGGAUUUCUCUGUAUUUCCUUCAACCGAUACUUCUACUGCAUUGAAUGAACUAGAAAAUCCUGAAAAUUGUAUCUCAGUCACUGAAAAACAUCACCGUUAUUCAUGGGAUAUUAAUGAUUGUAUGGAGAAAAAAAGUUUUAUUUGCCAACUGUCUAAACUGGAUCUGUCACUACAACAACAGCAACGGCAAACUACUGUUAUGGCUGAUAGACGAGAAAUCGAAUCGCCACUGACUACUACUACUAUGACUUCAACUUGUACCGAGAAAUCAUUCCCAAUACGUAGUAAAGUUGGUCCAUAUUGUUAUAGUGGAUUGUUGAAUGAUGCAAUAGAUUGGAGCAGUGCUGAAUCAAUUUGUCGUAAUAUGCACGCUAAUGCACAUCUUGUCUCAAUUCAUUCACAUGCUGAAUUAAAUGAAAUUGCUGAAAUUAUCCAUCAAAAUUCACAAUCAAUGCUCACUACCUGGAUUGGAUUGUAUGAAUCAAACUUUGCUUACAAAUGGUCUGAUCAAUCUGAUAUUAAUUAUAUACCAGUUUCAGCGGACAUCAGUAAAGAGUCGAGACAUUACAUGCAAGAUUGUUUUGUGCUGGAUUCAGUUAAUUCAUCAAUACACUGGAAAGCUAUGCCAUGUAAUAAACCGUCUUUGAGUUUUAUAUGUAGAUUGAAUUUGAAUCCAUCUACAACGAUAUUACAUCCAACUACAUUCGAUUCAUUAAUAUAUCCAACAUGUCCUCCUGGUUUCCGAUUCCAUGGGGACCGUUGCUUCCAAUUGAUUGCAGACAAAUUCACAUGGAGUGAAGCUAAUGACAAUUGUCAUCAUAUUGUAAAGCCAUAUGCAAAUUACAAUGGAUCCUUAGCCCGUAUCGACAAUGAACUUGAUCAGCAGUUUCUAGCUAGUCUUCUAGAUAAUCUUGAAGCUGAAAAAUCGUCUGCAGUAUGGAUUGGUUUGUACCGUAAUUUAUCACAUGGUUCUCACAGUUACGAUUGGUCAGAUGGUAAAAAGCCUCAAUUCAUCAAGCCAAUUAUAAGAGAUCAUCAACUUUCUGUGUAUGGUCAUACUUUUGUUUCACGACCAACUAUUUCAAUCAAGUCGAAAUCAAUGAGUCUAUGCACGUCAAUGUUUCGUUCAACGGAUCCAAGAUUGAAUGGAAUUUGGCUUCAAUGGUCGUGUGAUGAACCAAUUUAUUUAAGUAGUUUAUGUCAAGCUUCGCCAAUUUAUCAAAAUAGACAUGUAAAUCAAAUGUUACUUGCUCCGUAUCGAACAGAGACAUUUUAUUGUCCAUCGGGUUUCCAGUUAGGUACAACUGGUCUGUUAAAAGUCAAAGGUCAAUCAAUGGCAAAAAUUUCUCAACCUAUGUGUUAUCGCGUUUUCAAUCAUGUCGCUAAAAUGAACUGGGCUUCGGCAAAUAUGGCUUGCAAAAAUUUAAGCACUCCAACAUAUAACGUCAGUUUGUUGACGAUUGCAUCAGUGUUUGAAGCUAGUUUUCUACGUGUAUGGCUUAAUCAACCACGUGAUGUCAAUGGUGGUGGAUUGCCAAUUAGUGAAGCAGUUUGGACAGCUUUGAAAGUACCAACUACUUGCCCUGGUUGCUAUGCAAAUUGGACAUGGGAAACCUAUGAUAAUGAACCGGUCAGAUAUACAGAUUGGUAUAAAUCACCGGGUGAAAAUCCCGGUGGUUGUUAUCUGUUUCAUCAAGCGCCUUACAUCACACUUGAAAAUAACAGAAUUGAUUCAGGUAUAGGCAGUAUUCAAUUGGCAAGUUCAUGUGAAACACAUCAGUUUGUUGCUUGUCAGACAUUAGCUUUAAUAAAUGAUACAUCAUCAACAUUAUUGUUUUAUCAUCGCACUACAUCAAACAUUGAUGUGCCUUCUACUCUACAUCAUCAACCAAUGAGACCGAAUUGCUUUAAACCUAAGAUAGCAAUGAGUAAAUUUGAGCAUGACGUUAUAUAUGAAACAAAAGUUAUGCAGUCUGUUACCGGGAGACAAUGUCUUAGAUGGGAUUUAAUUGAUCAUAAUUUCACUGAUGUGUCAUUAGAUUUCAAUUUUAUACGAAAUCAUUUACUCUCUGCUGAAAUGGUUCAUGGUGGCAGUAAUACUUAUUCAUAUGCUGAGAAUUAUUGUUCACAUAUACACGAUGGAAAAACACAAUCAACCAAAUUCGGUUGUUAUAUCAGUAUAAAUCCACCGAUAUUUGAGUCGGGUCGUGAAUGUGCAUUCCUAAUGGGUUUCAUAAUACAACACGACAGUUGUCCACUUCUUUCUAGUUUUCAGUAGUCGCCUAACUAAGAUCGGUCUGUGAUGUGAACUCAUAAUUUGAUUACACUGUAAAUUUGAGUAAGUGAAUUUGAGCAGUUCAAAUAUCUACUUCAUGUUUCCAUUUUUCCACUUUUGAAAUAGAAUUGUUCUCUAAUUCAGUGCCUACAUUCAGUUCCCACAGCUGGACAAUCUAUCCAUUGGUCUAGCGGAAUCAUGCUGUUUAUAUUCAUUACUUUAUGUUGUAUAUUCAGUGUCUACCUGUUUCGACGUAUCGGUAUUCACAAAUGUAUUAAAAUUCGACGACGUUAUCAGCCAUUCGACAGGUAUCGUACAUCACGUAAACGUAAAACAACAUUAUAUCUUGGCAGCACAACCAGUACCACCGAUAUCGUGAACAAUAAUCAUAAUAAUAUCAACGAAGCCGAAUCGUCGUCGACAACUGAUGACAUUCCUGAUAGUUUUCUGUCAUCUGAGCCGCCAAUUAAACGAUCUGAUGUUCAUAAUAAUGAUAAUCUCAUUUCAUUGCAAACUAGUGGACCAAGAAAGUUGAAUAGUAGUAAUGGUAAUAAUAUGGUUCUUUCAACUAAAUCAAAUGAUAAAUUUACACUGUCAGCUUUAAACUUAAGUCGUACCGCUGCUUCAAUUGGUUUUAUGAAUCCUAUCUAUGUACCAUUGAACGAUAAAUAUGCAGAAGAUAAUUAUGAUCCAGAGCCAAUAAAUUAAAUCAUCAUUCGUACAUUUUCUUGGUUAUUUAUCUCUAAUAUAAACAUACAAAUAAAUGAACAGACAUAUACGCGUAUAUUUUUCAUGUCCAUAUCACAGUUUCAGUCUUUCGGUUAUUGAAUGAAGUGAUUGUCAAAUACAUUUCUUGAAGGUACAUAGCAAAUUACUCGAUAACAUCACUUAAUUGUUCGUGUUACCAUACAGUUAUCAUCAACACACACUGUUCAUGUUUCAUUGCGCUUAUUCUGUUGCUUUUGUGCCUUUUUUGUAAAUGAAUAUGUCGACAUGAAAAUGUGAAACGACUAUUAUUAUUAUUAUUAUUAUUAUUAUUAUUAUUAUUAUUAUUAUUAUUAUUAUUAUUA